AUGCCGGUGCUCUUGGUAUCUGCCGGCUGCUGUGCUGCGGCCUUCGGCUACAGAGCCCUCUACAUCAAGAUCCGGGGACCCCACAAGCCGGCUGAAGCUGAGUGUCCACGUCGGCGGGGCUGUCUUGGCUGGCAGAAGCUACUCGUACCCCAAGUUCAGGUCCGGGUGGACUUCACUCUGCAGAAUCUCAACACAGACCAAGCUUUUGCCGUCAUUCGGAAUCCCCGCCUUCUUGAUGAAACGACGCCGUUCUGGUUUCGCUUGAUAAUUCGCAAGAAGUCCCAGCAGGACAUCGAAGACUUCUUGGCCAAAUCCGAGCCGCAGCUUCUGAAGGAGCAGAAAAGCCAGCUAGAGCUGCCUCUCUUCUUCAACUACUGGAUGCUAGCAUUCGUCGUCCCGUUCCCUUGGACAAGCAAAGUUACCCAAUGCGAGAGAUGUAACAGCUCGGGCGCCGAUUACCAACUGACUUACGAACAAGCCAUCGGGCCGUUCUUCGGUGGCUUCGUGCAUACCCACCUGGUCAAAACAAGUCCUGCGGGUGGGAGCCUGGUGGAGGACACGAUCGAGUUUGAUGUCACCUCGGAGCCGCUUGUGAACAACGUCACUUGGUUUGUCCUGGACUUUCUGCUUCGGGGCCGAUGUGAGAACCUCAACCGCAGUCAUGGUGGCAAGAUCCUGAAUUAA